GCACGAUGGAUGACAUCAGUAAGUGUUCCGAAGACGAAGUGUUUUGGUUUGGACUGUUUGACGACGUUCCGGAAGGUGUGCUGCAUCCCUUGCUGAUCGACGACUGCGAGGACGAAGCAGAGACGAAACGUAAGCUCAGAACCUAAUUCACCUCGCAAGAGAUAAGACCGCGGUAUCAAAAACCACCGAGAGUUAGAGAUAUGGAAACGGAUGAAUUCGGCUUCGCGUUGCACGUCGAUUCCUCUGAUGACGACGACGACGUCGAAGACGUCACAGAAGAUCCGGAACUCGCAGCAAACAUCUACGGAUCAACUCAGCUGUACCAGCUGAUUCGCAGCGGAAACCAGCGCCGGAUAGUUCAGCUGAUCGAUGCAUACGGAGAGGAUUUCGGCAAGGUUCGGAAGCACCUGGAGCGCAAGUAUCGGUGGGAUAAGGAAGACAAGAUAUGGUUGAAGAAGACGAUUCUGGUGGCUUGUAGUGAGGAGCAGUGUCGAGUUGCUAAAAGCUUGGAGAAUGCGGUGAUUAAGUUGGAAGAUUUGCGGAAAGCUGUGUUUGUGCUGCUGCAACAUCCGGUGAACGGUGAAGAGGUAGCGAUUCUUCAUCCAGAUGAUGCGAGCAAAUUACUGGUUACCCAGCUAAUCAUACAGUUGAUUCCAAACGGAUUCCUCACUUGGAAGUGCAUCGCUUCAGGCGGUAAGAACGAAACCUUCAUGGAAGCAGCCGCGGCUUGUGGACUCCACGAAGUGAUCGACAAGCUGUACGAACUGGGCGAUCCGAUCGCGAUCCCACAGCACAAUCCGUUACUGCAGGCUUGCGGCUUCGAUCGGAAGGACACGAUCCAGUGGCUGCUCACGAGGCACUUUGACAACUUUGACUGCACUCUCCGGGAUGCUUCCCAGCGCAACGCGCUGAUCGUGGCGCUGCAAAGAAACGAUCCCAAGAUGGUGGAGCUUCUGCUGGGGAAAAUGAUUGCCUAUCGAUGCAAGCACUACGGGGAGUCGGAAACGGAAGCGUUCAACAAGGUUUUUCGCUACGAAAGCAGCGAGUCAGACGCGUCGAUUUUUACUUUUCUGUGGCGGAGUAAGCCAAUGUACGAGGUUGUUGAAAAAGCUGUAAUUCAGUACAAACUUGAUCUAUCCUAUCAAUACAAUUACAGUUCAAACAUAGAACACCUCUUAGACGCUGAAAUUGCACUAGAGUACUGCUUUGCAGGAAUCCGUGGCAAUCCCGAACUACUCGGAAUCCUUACCUCAAAAAAUUGCUCAAUCCUGCACGAACUGCUGCGAAAAGGGCACGUUGACUUUCUCCGCGAAAUGUACCGCACUAGUCCCGAUAUCCAGCGGUACUUUGACAGUGAUGCCGGAUAUGCUACGCUGCACGCAGCUUUGAUGAAUGAAAAUCGAGAAGCGGUAGCGUUCAUCUUGGAGCAUCAUCGAGAGUCCCUUGAACGUGAUCAACGGAUGCUCAAGGAGAACGUCGUAUGCUGCAGACAUUACCCAAUGCAAUACUACGACCAACGGAUGGAGCUGUUCGAGGAAUUUUUCCCGAGUUAUCUGGAUGAUAUUGAACGAAUAAGGGCGAAUACGGAAGCUGAGCAGUGUAAUUUUGGUCAACAACAUAGAACAGAGACUUUCGAUGCCUCACCAGAACCUUCUUCAAACACCAUGGAAUCGAAUGACGUACCCCUUCUACACCAAGCAGUUCAAAGAGAUGACCAGCAUCUAUUCAUUCAGCUGCUGGAAUCAGGUCACGACAUCGACGCGCUGGACACCGCCGGAAAUCAUUCGAUUCACUUCGUUCAAAGUGAGACCAUGCUGGAACUGAUUGUCAACCGACAUCCCGACGGUCAGCGGAUCGUGCAUCGAACGAAUCACGAAGGAUUCACGCUUCUUCAUCGCGUCUGCUCCCUUCGAAUGGAUCACAAAACGAUGAGCGAUCUGCUGAAAAGAGUGAUUGAAUGUGGAGCGAAUGUUCACCAGCUGACGAAAAAUGGCGAAUCGAUCGCGUUUUUCGUUGAAAACAGCGACGUUCUGGAGUACUUGAGGGAGUUUGACAUUCAGUUGGAGGUGGUAAAUCAGGAUGGAGAAACUGCCCUUGAACGACACUUGUACAACGAGAAUGUUCAAAUGGCACGAGCUUUGCUGGUUCGUACUCACACGUUGUCGACGUUCAGGCAACGUGCACACAAAUAUUUAAAUCUUAUACUGAAAAAAGGUCGCUACUUCUUCAUCCGGGACUAUCAGGACGUGCUGGAGAAGCAUCCGGAACUGACGAAAGUCAUAUUUGACGGCCUCUACAACCACUCACGCGAGGAAGCUUCACGACUCUUCGCUCAAGCUUGUCGCAACGAGAUCUACUUCAUCGUUGAGAAGUUUCUCGAUUUUGACUACGACUUGAACUACAACUUCGUCUACAGGGAAGACGAAUACGACGACGACGCUACACCGCUGCUGAGGCUGAUAAAUCCGCGUGAGAACUUCUCAAACGAACAUCUGAUCGAACGACUUCUCCAGAAAGACGUUGACGUGAGCGUUCGAAACGGUUCCGGAUGUAACGCCCUCCUAGCACUGGCCCUUCGAUAUCGCUUCGCAAACGGAAGCGAAAACGGUGAGAAGCUGCUUCAGCAGCUGAUGAAACGUGGUGCGUCGAUCGAUUCCGUAGACUUCGAUGGGAAUACCGCACUGCAUUGGGCUUUUCUGAGUGGCCGAUUGGAGUUGGUGGAGGUGUUGGUCCAGAAUGGGGCGGAUUUCAGAAUAAAGAAUAACGGCGGGAACAUUCCGUUGCAAAUGGCGGAUGCAGUUAACCAGGAGCUGUUUUAUUUUUGGUCGUAGACUGUAAAAUGCAAUAAACUUCCGAGAAACUCGAAAGAA